AUGUCUACUCAACCGAAGUCUGAAGAUAAAUUUGUAACGAUAGAAACAAGUGAGGAAGAACAACGACGUAAAGAAGGGAAAGCCAAAUUGGUUAUUUUGAUUAUCAUUGGCAUUCUUACAGCUGCUUAUGGGUCAUGGAACGUUUACAGAAUGGUUGUCGCAGUUCGUAGCCCUGUAGUUACCAUGAGAACGAGUAUAAGGCAGAAUAUACCGGCGGCGGAUGAUGAUCAUACAAAGGGUGCUAGUUGUAAUCAACAUUUAACAAAUUUCAGUAUGGACGCAACUUCAUUUGUAAACAUGCGGGGUUACGAUGAGCUAGAAAAACUUAACUGUUAUAUUUUUAAUCCAUACCAGAAAUUGAAUGGGUCAUACGGUGAUAAUGCUUUAUAUUUUGAUAAUUCUACACAAAAGGUGGCCCUCGCGCUAUGGGCUAAUGAAAAUGCUAAUAAUACGUUAGGUGCAAUUACUCAGGAACGAUGGUUUUUUUUUGGAAUUUUUGCCGAGCGGGACGAUCCAACCAAAGUUAAAUUCCAAAUUGUAAAAAUGCCUUCUAUCAGUUACGUUUAUUUCAGAAGAAUAGAACGCUAUGAUGUUGUUCGAUCAGAUGCCAUAACUGGGGGUGGAUCAGUUGCAUCAGAGCUUAAACCAGAUGCAAAAGUAGAAUUUGAUACAACAUUUUCAAGCUUUUCUUUACCUGGAUUUAUAAUCAGUCCAAAUUUAUGGGAAAUAAUUAGAAUCAUUCCUUCGAAUUAUGUACUGAACCCGGAGUUCAACAAACAAGAGUAUCCAGUCACAAUAUAUUAUAAUCGUGUUGAAUUUACGCUUCUUCAAUUGGCGGCCAACAUGGGAGGAUUUGUUUCAAUUUUAAGUGCUGCAUACUUUAUUUUAUUCGGUUCCCGACGAGUUAAUCCAUGGGGAUUAGUUCAACGUCAUAUACUUAAAAACGUUCCAGCUCCACCACCAGUAUAUGUACCAACGGUUAAACCUUAUUCUGAAAAGACACAAGAUCUAGAGAAAGGUCCUAUGGAAUUUCAAUCACAACCAGAAGAUCAAAAUAAUGAUAUAUACCAACCUGCAACUUCAAGACCUUAUGUACAUGAACUUGAUCUUCCCGUUCAAAAUGUAAGCAGACAUCAAGUCACAGGAGAUCAUUAUACCCCCAUGCAACACAUGCAACAAAACACCACGGAAUCUAUAAGUCCAAUUUACCCAGUAUAUCCAAUUGGACCACAAGGGUCACAAAUACCACCACCACCAAUAUCUCCACGAGGUUUGACGGUACUUGAACAAGACAUGGAUGAUCCUCGCAUACAAAGGAUUCGUCAUGAACUUAAGGCUGAAGUUCAAAUAACUAUAGCGCGGGAAUUUGCAAAAUUACGGUUAUUCUUAAGUAAAUAUUAUUUAAAAGAUGUAAUAAAAUCCGAGUGA